AUAUAUAUAUUAAAAUGAGCGACGGCCCACGGAAAACCAAAGUCCGGCAACGGAGGCCAUUUAUUGCGCCCGGAAAAUAGAAUUGGCGGUUUCAUAAUUCGUACGGAUUGAUUAGAGAGGAGGCGAGGAGCUAUAGCCUGUAGCAAUUGAAGUUCAGGUAUAAGUCUUCGUCUUCGCGAGAAACCUAGGGUUUUCGAUUUUUGUUUUCGAUCCUGUUUGGGAGCUGGAAUCAACGAUGGCGAAGCCGAGGCAUUCGCGACACCAGGGCAAAAAAUUGUCGACAUUGGCUCUGGUUCUGAGCAUGCUCCUCAUGCUGUCGAUCGUUCUCCUCAUGCUCCUAGCUCUCGGAAUUUUGUCGCUUCCGAUCGGCACCGAGGACGAGUCUUCGUCGGCCAAUGAUCUCAGUUUCGUCUCGCGCAAGCUCGCGCUUGGUGGUAGUGGUGGUGGUGGUUUUGGGGAGAGAGGAGAGCAAUGGACUGAAGUUCUUUCUUGGGAGCCCAGAGCUUUCAUUUAUCAUAAUUUCUUGUCAAAGGAAGAAUGUGAGUACUUAAUAAAUCUUGCGAAACCUCAUAUGAGAAAGUCAUCCGUUGUUGAUAGCGUAACAGGUCAGAGCAAAGACAGCAGAGUGCGUACAAGUUCUGGAAUGUUCUUGAGGAGAGGACAAGAUAAAAUAAUUACAAAAAUUGAGAAAAGGAUUGCAGACUAUACUUUUAUCCCUACAGAGCAUGGAGAAGGGCUUCAAGUUCUGCACUAUGAAGCUGGGCAGAAAUAUGAGCCUCACUUCGAUUACUUCCUUGAUGAGUUCAACAGUAAGCGUGGGGGGCAACGGAUAGCUACUGUCUUGAUGUAUUUGUCAGAUGUUGAGGAGGGGGGUGAGACUGUCUUUCCAUCAGUCAAGGCAAAUUUCAGUUCAGUGCCAUGGUGGAAUGAGUUAUCCGAAUGUGGUAAGAAGGGCCUUUCUGUUAAACCAAAAAUGGGCGAUGCAUUGCUGUUCUGGAGCAUGAGGCCUGAUGCCACCUUAGAUCCUUCAAGCUUGCAUGGUGGUUGUCCUGUUAUUAAAGGGAACAAGUGGUCAUCUACAAAGUGGUUGCAUGUUGAGGAGUACAAAGGGUAGUCACUUUUGAAAGGCUCCACGGAGGUGAUGUGUUGUGGGUUACUUUUGGCGAAAGAUUGUGUUAAAAAUACUGCAGGCCUAGCCCUUACAUAGGGCGCCUGCCCUGCAAUUCCUUUGGCUCUCGUGUCUCGACCCUUGCAGAUUUUGUAGGCAUUUUUUUUUUUUUUUUUGUCUUUUCUGGCCUUGUAAAACCCACUUUUAACCAUUUGGGUUAGGACCCAUUUGUCCUUCCCUCUGUUCAAAAAAAGAAAGGAAAACUCAGCUUUGCAUGGCUUGUGAGGAACAUAUAUGUUAUCCUCAUAUUUUGACAAUUAGUUUUAGGAGUGUGGAGACGGGCAGGAGGUCAUGGAUUGACAGCCUGAUGUAAAGUAAACUACAAAAGAUAAAUGAGUUGAUAUACAAAGAUGUUUGCUGA